AUGGCUUCCUCUAGCUUUACCUUAACAUGCAGUCGCGCCCAACCCUAUCCUCGGGUCGCGUGCAUCCAGGGUUGUUGCGCUCAUCCCGCGUGCUUCCCUCCUCCCCUUUUUCCGUCACGCGCGGCCUGCACUACCGUCGCGCGCCCCUCCUUCCCUCUUCCGCUCGCCUCUCGUCCCUCACCUAAGCGCCCCUCCUCUCACCUCGUCGCGUGCGGGCUGUGUCGCUGUCGCGCGCCCCUUAUUUCCGUCGCCAACCGUGCCCUGCCCUUCCGCCUAUGCUCCUCUCUCCUUCCAUUCCCUCUACGACCUUCCCCCUUCCUCCGCCUCCUCCCUCACCUCGACUGCUGGUUGCUGAUUUCGUCUGGUAGCUGCACCAUCCGCCCCUUCACCCUCCUCCUCCUCUCCUCUCUCCCUUCAUUCCCCUCCCCGUCUCUCUCUCUCUCCUCCGCCUCUCACCUCUCCUCUGCUACUUCCGCUGGUUACUGGCUUUGUUUCUUAGCCCUGCUCAUCGAGUCCUACCCCUCCACACCAUCCGCCUCUUCACCCUCCUCCUCUCCUCUCUCCCUUCAUCCCCUCCUCAUCUCCUCUCUCCUCCGCCUCUCUCCUCUCCUCAACUGCUGCUGCUGGUUGCCGGCCUUGCUUCGUCGUCCAAACUACUCCGCCGCUAUGCCUCCUCCUCAUAUUUCUCCCCUCAACGGCGCAACAGCAGACUACUCCGCCGUUAUACCUCCUCCUCUUAUUUCUCCCCUCAGCGGCGCGGCAGCAAACUACUCCGCCGCUAUCCCUCCUCUUCUUAUUUCUCCCCUCCGCAGCGCAGCAGGAGCAGAAUACUCCGCCGUUUUCUCUCCUCCUCUUAUUUCUCCCCUCAACGGCUCAGCAGCAGACUAA